GCCAUUUGGUGCAGCAGCAGAAGAGCAAGAGCUGCAUAGGAAAGUGCUGUUGCCGUAGGAAUUAACGGACUUUUGUUGCGCAGGUCAAGCUGCUAUUGCAAUCGUCUUUAUUUUGACAGAAGCCCUCACUCAGACAAAAGGAAAGAUGUCCGAGUCUGAGGAAGCUUUCGAAAGCGCUGACGAGGACGUGGAUGAAUCGAAGCCGAAGAAGCGCGGGCGAACGACGUCCGAGAAGCUGAGCGACAUCAAAGAGAACGAGUCGCCCGUGCGCGACUGCAAAGGCAAGGGGGACGGACCGCCUCACGUCGCCGACGCCGCGCAUAUCACGUCAGACGAUGGUGCGGGCGAUGAGCAGAUCGCUGCGGCAGCUGACAGCAACGUCAAAGCUGGCUCCGAACCCAAGAAAGACGAUGCGGCAGAGACACCACCGGCAAAGGAGAAGGAAAUGGGCGUCCUGGAGCGCCUUGCGCAGGCGGCAUCUAGAGAUGACAGGAGCUCACCGAUCAACUGGGGUUUUGGAAAGUGGGGAUCGUCCAUUCUGUCAACAGCUGCAACAUCAGUAAGCACCUUCACCAACCAAGUCUCACAGGGUAUUGGCACUGUCAUUGAGACGGUAGAGUCAACACUCGGUGCUCCAAAUCCAGAAGAACUUGCUCAGGAACUGGAAACUGCAAAAAUUGAAACACAGCCAGAAGCUGCCUCAGGCCAAGCCACUUCAGAUACAGAUCAGUCUAAGGCUGGUCAGACUGAGGAGAGGCAUGACAGCCCGGGAGUUGGUGGCAUCUUCAGUGGUGUCACAGCAAUCACUAAAGCCAUUGAAGCCACUGGUUCCAAAGUGCUGAGCGGUGGUCUUGACACACUGGAGAUGAUUGGCAAGAAGACCAUGGACAUCCUGACCGAAGGAGACCCUGGUCUGCGCAAGAAAAGGGGCAUGUUCGAGGGCAAGGCAAGCCUCUCCGAGGUGCUGCGUGAGGCAAAGAUGAAGGCAGAAAAAGAAGCCGAAGAGAGGAAGGCCGAGGAAGCUGAGGAAGUGAUCAACUACAGCAAGCUUUUUGAUGAGCACCAAGGUCUUGUGCAUCUGGAGGCCCUAGAAAUGCUUUGUGGGGAACGGAAGACAGCUGUGCAGCAGAAGCUGAUGGAAGCUGGAGAAGAAGAGAAGGCCGAACUGAAUGUUCUGCUAGAAAAAAUCAAGAGAACUUGCGAGAGCCUGCCGGCAACUGAUGACACUCCAGACGACGAGCUUGAACAAGAGUUUGAAAAGUUGCUGACGGGGCACCUUUCCGAAAUCGGCCUCAACCUUAGAGGGGAGAAGCUGAAAGAGACUGACCUUGAAGUCAGAGAGUGGCUCCGAGACUGCAUGGCUCGCCAAGAAAAAGGGGAAAAGGUGGACGCUAAGGAGGUUUACAGGCGAGGCAUUGAGACCAUGGCCGAAAUGACAGCCAAAACCAUGGAGCUGUACCAUAAGGUUGCCGAACUUCUACUUGUGAAGACUUCACCUGACAGGACCCCUAUGCACUAUGCUACUCAACUGACAGGCCUGACUGCUGUGCUUUGCACUGAAGUGGCUAUCCUGUCCGCCCGGUGUGGGCGCUGCCUCAAUACAGCCGCUGAUGACUCGGAAGACCCAGACUCAGUGACACCAUUGAUUACAAAUAUCUACUUGGAGGCCUCGAAUAGCAACACCUACAUCCAAGAUGGCUUCCAGCUCCUGGUGCCCAUACUACAACUACUUGCUGUGCAGCAAAAGCUUGACUGAGUUGCUGCUUAAGGAUUCUGAUGCCAACUUGUACACAGUGGUUUAGUUGCGACUCCUGAAAGAGCACUGCACAGGGUUCUGAAUGCAUGUGUUGAAUGCAGCUGUUGAAUGUGUUGGCACUGUUAUCAGACUCGUAAUGUCGCAGAAAUGUCACUUAAAGUGGUCUGACAUUGGAAGUGUUUGACCACCAUGGGACUGAUGGCAAGUACAUCAGCCUUAGUUGAGUAAUGAGAAUGUACUUGAGGCUUCUUGAAUACUGACAGCUAUGUUGCCUCUUUAGAUCACUGUGAUUAUGGCAAAUGCUUUAACUUCGGCAAUUUGUUCAACAUCAAGCCGAAGUGCACUUUAUGAUCUGUGAAUUAUAAUUGCCUAGUGCACUCGUGUCACUAAAUCUGAGUAAUAUACCACAGGCAAGCUGUAUUUGGCAUUGUAAAUUUAUUCAACAGGAUGUUCUGGAAACAGUACCACUGAGAGAUUAGCUAGUCAUUGCCAUGUAAUGAACUUGAAAUUCCAAGCUAGCUUCAAAAUAAUUAUUGCAUAAAGUGCAAGGACAUCUACAAUAAAGUCUAUUUAAAAUCUUGUGCUUCCUGUCUUUACCAAGCUUGUUGAGCCCCUAUAUUAACUGUUACCACAGACACUUGCAUUGCAGUUUCCUGCAGCUGCGUACACACGAAACCCUGUAGUAUUGUUGCAAGCUUGCUGUCUGGAGUUACAGCCUGCUGCCUUGAGGAUGCACCUUCGGUGCUCAAAGCCUGUGGUGGUCAUCAGCUAAGAUCAUGCAUACCAUUAUAGAAACACUUUUAUAGUGUUCAGCACUACUAGUGCAUGCUUCUAGGUGCAAUUUUUCUGAAUUAUCAGGCAAAGCAGCAAGCUGUAUCUUGAACCUUUCACUGCAUCCACCUCGAGCUCAAUAUAGCACUACAGAGUUGUUUAUUUUCUGAUGUGUUUAGCAUGUUGAAAAGUAAAACUAUGCUGAUAGCACUGCAAGUGUCAGAAAUUUUAUGCUCUGUACACACCGUGUCAAGUGCAGCAAUUCCAUGUUGAUGAAAAGAUUACAUUCUGUACACCUUUCCACGGAACACUUCCUGCACAUCUGUUGUGAGCAUGCUUUCAUGCAUGCUCAAAAGCAUGGCAACAGUGGCGGUGUUAGCUUUCUGCAGUGUGAUUUCAAUGGCCAAAAGGAGAUGCAUUCUGAUCUUGCAGUACUUAUAUAAUAUAUAGAAUGGAAGGGCAUGUCACACCUUGGCCUAACCGACGUGCUUGCCGUUUGCCAGUAGAGAUGCUGCACAGUACAGUGCACUAGUGCUGGCCAUUUCAAGCUGCUAGGCUAUAUGCAGGUUGGUACGUCAAAGCUACUGUUGGCAUGACCACAUCUUCAGAGAUAGUGUUGAUCAGACUUCAGCAUGCCAAAUAUGUUGAGUUCAAACGAGUGUUAAGGUGUUUGUUGGCCAUGACAUCAACAUUUACUCGUGAAUGUUAUUGUUUCUGCAUGUACAUACGACUCUGUUGGAAGUAGCUCCCGCUGCCUGCGUGCUAAUGUGUGUUGUUGUGAAAACUAAGUAAUGCACAAGGCAGAUAAGCCGGAGAUUGUCCAUCUUUAUUCUCCUCGCCACGUGCCCUCUAAACUUCGUCCUCAAGCUAUCUUUGUCAUUGCCAGCACUUAGGCGCCACCACAGUGUAAAUAAAUGUAAAACUGAGCUUUUGCGCAAAGCUAUCCAGGGCAACAAGUAAACCACAGUAAGCAUUGAAAUCUUAAUGUUCUAUGAUGUUGGAACCUGUACCAGUGACCUUUAGUCUAGAUGCUCUUACGCAUGCAGAGUUUGUGUUUGUCAAUCAAGAAUCAUCAGUAAAAAAAGGAUGUGGAUGGAACUAUUUUAUUGUGUCCUGCUAUAUAAAUUCCUACUGCAGCAGUCUCUCAAUAGCUGCAAUGGAACAACGGCUUUCUUUUUUUUUUUUUCUGCCUAUUUAAUCAUGUUGCCAUUGUUGCAAGCCUUGGAUUUACAGCGAGACAUGUCUGACUUCCCAAGCACUGUCGUCUCUACAGACUUGUACCCAACAGUGCUUUAGGAGCAGUCUGCUACUAUUUUGAAACCCUCUGCCUGGGCAUGUGACUGUUAUCUGCAGUCGUUCCUUUGGUACUAGUAUAGUGAUUGUAAUUAAACAAAUGCAGGGAAGUUGCUACUCAGGUGCUACAUGCUGUCAGGCUCGAUAACCAUCAUCUCGGCAGCUUAUUGGGUGCACCAAAACACAGCUCUUGCAUGGAAAACUAGUUUACUGUGACAUGAUUCUUUAGGGCUGGCAAGUUUGAAAGCUGAUGAAUGCUUUUCUUGCAUGGCACACCACUGGGCUUUAUUCUCUAUCGAAGUGUUUACUUUAGCCUUCAUGAUGCGCCACCUUGUUCUUUCUUUUUCCAUUUCUAUCCCCUCCUUCUGGAAGAGCAGGCUGGCAUUGUGCCAUUUUCAAUGGCAGUUGUCAGCCUGUUCCUUCCCUUCUAUCUGUUUUUGUGUUUCAAAAAACAAAAAAUAAUAAUAAUGGCCCAUGAAAACUUAUGUCGACAAAUGCAGACAUUGGUGGACAUUGCAGACAAUAGAAGCUGAGGUAAGCUUCUAUUUCCAAGUAAUUAAGUAAUCAUUCACAGUAAUAAGAAUCACUAUGACUCACCAUAACCAGAUGUGGGCAUUCCAUUUGCAGGGAAAUUAGCCAGUUUACUUGGGUUAAAGGUGGUUUGAUACACAUACAUGCUGUUUGAAAGUGAAUUUGCUGCAGGAACUUUGCAACCUUUAAAGGGACGCUAAAGGAAACAUUGAAUCACUUUAGAUUGACAAAGUACUAUUCUUGAACUUUACUUUCAUUGUUUUCAUAAUAGGUUGAGCGCCAGUACAUUAGUGUGAUAUCGCAGAUUGCAAAUAGUUUUUUUUUGCAUUCCUGCCGUUGUGGUUCAGUAAAACUUCUUUACAAACUUCCUAUCUCUAGUAUCUCUAUCAAACUUCCUAUCUCUACUAGCUCUAUUAGAAUACAAUGUAGUACAUGCUUACUGGUUUAAAUUUUACUAGGGCCAAGCAGAUGGCAUCAAAAUCUAUGACGUCGCAUAGAGCUGGUAUGGGAAUUUCAAGGAGGCACCACUACCCAUCUUUCGUUUUUGAGUCUUUUCUUGAUUAUUAAGCGUCUUCUCACAGUAAGAGUGGCUAUUUUGCUAUCGUGAAAAGAUAGUUUACCAUCGCAGCUCAAACCGAUUUAUUCUUUAGUGUGCUUUCAAAAAAGCCUUCAGUUGUCCUCUAAUAGCACUGAGAAUGCACAGUAUCCUCAGCUUUGCACUGCCUAUCAAAUAUAUUUACAGGCACAGUUUUCAUGUUAACAUAUGCCUGUGCAUUGAGCCCAUAAAAAAGCUGUAUGUGUGAGCAUGUGUGUUUACAGUGGAAGCCUUAUUCCUUUUCAUUCCUCUAGUAUUUGGAAUGUGAUCUGCAUUCGGAGAAACUAAAAGAUUUGGCUGCACUUGCAGCCUGUUUGUGUCAGUGUGUUACAUUCGUUGGCAAAGUGUUGUGUAAGCUGUUGUGGGUUGAUGUUCAACACUCCUCACGUUUUAAUGAGCCUUUCACUCUGUUUAAGAGUUGUGAACAUGCACUGGUAUUUUGAGAUUAGGCCGCUUGUACUGGGCCCCCAUCAAUGGCCAUUUUUCUUUCAGAAAUUUCACAAGACCUUACUGCAGGUACCACUGUACAGUUCGUAAAGUUUAUCCUUGUCACAUAGCAGGUCAGUUCCUUCUGCUCGCUCAUGGGAUGUGAGCGUGCACAAUGUUUUGCCCGUAUUAUGUUCACUUUUUGUGUGCUGGGUGCUGCUCUCAAUAAAAGGACAGAGAUUAAAACAGAUGGUA